AUGAUUGGCUUUCAGUGUUCGACGACCAUCACGCAGCCCUGUCUGGGGCGGACCAUCUUCCCCUCGUCGGGUUCGCAUCCGAAUGCACCCAAUGUGGCGUUCCACAAUCGAGCUCAAAUAUCGCCCAACUUGAUCGACUACUUUCCCCUCAAUGGAGAUGGACUGCGACUCAACUGGGCGCACGCCGUCAACAGUCGGUCCAAGCUGAUGGUGGCAAUUGCCGGCGACGACCUAAUGAUCGAGGCCGAUGUGACGCUGGCCGAGACCUCUCGCUACCCAGUGCCCAUCAUGGCACACCCGCCCAGCAACACCAGUGAUCUGACGUUGGAGGACUUUUUGGUUGAGGUGGUCAGGUCGAACUGCGCCAAAGGCAUCAAGCUUGACUUCAAGUCGACUCGAGUCGUGGAGCCAGCCUUUCGCGUUCUCGCCCGCCAUGCCGACUUUAUCAAGGGCCCCAUUGUCCUCAACGCUGACAUUCUCGCUGGACCAAACAACCCCGCGACGCCGUCAGUGGACGCCUGGACCUUUCUGAUGCUUUGCCGAACUCGCUUCCCCAAGGCCAUCAUAUCAAUUGGCUGGACGACCAACCUCGCAGAGGGGCAAAUCAAAACCGGCUACACUCGUGAGAUGGUCGACCACAUGGCCUCACUGGUGCGGGAGUACAAUCUGAUGCAGCCGCUGACGUUUCCCGUCAACGCCACGCUCCUCAAGUAUUCCAUCUGCGAAGUUCAACGCCUCCUCUUUCAGGUGCCCAACAGCACUCUGACGGUGUGGGCACACCCGGAAGAGUUCGCCAACAGCAACCUCACCCUUCACGACCUCCUCAUCAUUCGGAAAGCAUUCUCACCCAAUUCAGUCUUUUACGACAUGCACUCGGAGGCAAUUGCGGAACUACGUCGUGCCAGCCUGUGA